UAUAUCAACCUCGAUCAAGAACUAAUCAUAUCACAUUGUGCUGAUUGACUUUUCUGAUUGAAAAUACAUCCGAAAUAAACUAGAUUCCUUAGCAGUUUGGUCCGGUUUUUACUUUCAUUUUCUUUUGUGGGUGUUCGUGUAUCAAUUGGUCGCAGUCAAAAAGAAUUUUUUUUGGUGGAUUCUGUUAAUCAAGAAUUGAAUGACAAUGGUUCGAUCAUCGGAAAUUAUGGCGAAUGUUCCAAAUGAUAGAUUGAAGUUAAUAUUCAUCAUAUUUUUCAUCAAUGGUAUUGGAACAUUAUUACCAUGGAACAUGUUGAUCAAUGCUGAUAAAUAUUUUGUCUCAUAUAAAUUGAAUGUCACUGAUUCAACGCCAGCGGUUGAUAAUUAUCGUAAUUCGUUUCUAUCCUAUCUUGGUAUAGCAAGUAAAGCGCCAAAUAUUUUGUUACAAAUAAUCAACAUGUUCAUCGGUGCACAUGGAGUUGGAAAUCUUGCCCAUCGAAUCACAUAUUCAUUAGUUGCACAAAUCUUGGUGUUCAUAUUUAUCAUAGCAAUGGCCAUUAUUGAUUCAAGCAGUUGGCCAUCGAUUUUUUUCUGGUUAACAAUGAUGUCCGCUGUUGCCAUAAACCUAGCCAACGGUAUUUAUCAAGGUUGUGUAUAUGGUCUUGCCGCACGUUUUCCAAUGAAAUAUACAAAUUCUGUUACGAUGGGAAUGAAUGUCAGUGGUACCAUAGCUGCCAUAUUAAUGAUCAUAUCUAUAGCAUUAUCACCUAAAGAAAAUGUUGAGGCUUUGAUCUUUUUCUCUUGUGCCAUCAUCAUUCUAUUCAUUUGUCUAAUCGGGCAAUUUUUUGUAAAUAAAAAUGAAUUUUAUCGAUUUUAUGCCAUUCCAUCAAUGAUGAAUUCAAAUCUAAAUUUGAUAAAAAGUAUCAAUGCCUGUCCAAGUUGUUUCGAAAAAGGCCAUUCAGAAACGAGUAACAACAAUUGUCCACAUUUAGGUCGAGCAUUAGAACGUUCCGUAUCGUAUAAUGGAAAAUCAUCACAUGAUAAACAACCUUUAAUCGAAUCAAAAAUGCAACAAUAUCUACAAGUAUUAAGAUCCAUUUGGAUGUUAUUAAUUAACAUUCUUCUCAUCUACGUAGUCUCAUUAUCAUUAUUUCCAACUGUUCACGCAAGAAUCGUUCCAAGAGAUAAUAUCAUAUCACAUGUCUAUUUUUCACCUGUUUUUUGUUUCCUAUCAUUCAAUCUAUUUGCCACUAUGGGUAAUCUAAUAGCUCAAUAUAUUCAAUGGCCUGGACCACGUCAUUUAAUUAUAUUCAGUUUAAUUCGUUUAUUAUUCAUACCAUUCUUUUUAUAUUGUAAUUAUUAUCCGGGUGAUGGAUUACAUCGUUCAUUACCAGUCAUUUUUGAUCAUGACUGGAUGUAUAUUAUUGGAUCUAUUACAAUGGCUGUAUCAUCAGGAUAUUUUUCUAGUCUUUGUAUGAUGUAUGCACCAAAAUGUGUUCCAUCACAUUUGGCAACAAUUUCCGGACAAAUGGCAGCAUUGACUAUUUUGCUUGGAAUUCUGAUUGGUAUCAAUAUUAGCCUUAUUUAUCCAUAUUUAGUUGGUUAAUUUCAACCUAAUUAAAAUUGUCUAUUCAUUCGUAAUUGUUAUUUUGUUUGUUAUAUUUUGAAUAUUAUUAACAUAUGAACUUUUUUUUUGU